AUGCCAAGAACCAACAGAAAUGACAAUAGCAAUAGCAAUAAAAGAAAAGAUCGGAAUAGCAGCGACAGUGGAACUGAUACUAAACAGAAUAAACAGAGUAAACAGUACAAAAGAAGUGAGUUUCAAGAAUCGGACAUAUCGGUGAGUGAAAUCUUAAAUCACACAAACUCAAUUUUGUAUAAUUCUGACGACGAUAUAGAGAGCAAAGUCUUCAGUGAAACACCCGUAGAGCAAAACCAAACGAAAAACAAUACAGAAACCAAAAUGGCAUCAAGUGGGAAAAAUCAAAAUAAAAACACUGACCCUUCAGUCUCUGAAAAACUUGAUACUAUAGUAAGUGCUAUACAUGAUCUCAAAUCAAACCAAGAAGGAAUGAAAAGAAUGUUCGAGUCAAAACUUGAUAAAUUGAGAACUGAUUUAAUGGCAAAUGUAGACAACAAAAUUCGAGCACUGCGUGACGAGUUAUCAGUGGACAUUAGUAUGGAAACUAGACGAACGGAUCAACUUUCUGUUCAAUCGAUACAAUCACGACUAGACGGUAUUGAAGAACACAAUAUUACUCACUCCGCAGAUAACGGGAACGGUGUAUUGAACUCAGUAGAUAAUUUACAUAUCAAUCCGUUAAAUAAUCCCGAGAUAACUAUAACCGCAAGCGGUAUUCCAGUAACGGAAGGCCAAAGCGGAGAAUCUUAUUAG